AAACAUGAGUUUAUGGUCUCAAUCUCUAGUUACAAGUCUUCUUCAAUACGGCGUGAUCUUCAUUUAGUAAAUUAUGGUGAUGUCCCGCCUCCUCAGCCUACAUGUCGUCACUCCCUUUUAACUGGUUUGUGACAAUGGACAAUUGAUUAUUUCUUUGAUUUGUCAAUUAGUUGUCCGAGUUUCUUUCCCAAAAGCCGGAGCUGACGUCAUCAAAUGUCAAGUACUGUCCAUAACUCCAAGAUAUUCUAAUGUCAGGGAGGAGUAAAGAAGACAUCACAAUAUUUACAUUUAAGGAGCUUAAAUCAAAGAAUGUCUUCUCUAACACAUAAGUCAAAUAAUUGUUGCAACUAUUGUAGAAGCUGCUUUCCAAUACAAUAUAUUAUAUGGAAUUCAGAUUGAUGAUUGAUGAACCAGAAAAAUAUUCAGUAUUCAAUAAUCUGUUGAUUGUUUUCUCAAUUAAUUCAUUAAUAUUUAAUCCGUUGAAGCUCAUGUGAAAUAUAAAAUGUCUUCUUGCCGUUCUUACCAGAACUUCAGUUUACUGGUGAAAAGGAAGCUUGAUUACAGUAUGGCAUUUAACACAAAUAACCUUGAACUAACUUUAAGGUUAACGCCUUCCCUGCAGGAUUUGCUGACCUCCGUCCUCCACGUGGUGACCAGAGAGGCUGGUCGUAAGAUCUGCAGAGUAUUCAGAGAGCUCAUUGUUAGCUUAGUGAUGGAAAACGAAGCUCUGAAGCACAAAGUGGGACAUUUGGAGAGUGAACUGAAGUCAAAGGUAGAGAAGCCUCAGACGGUUUAUAAGAUCAAAUCAUCAGAUGGUCCCGCCUUGUCACUGGACAUUAACCAAUCAGCUGCCAACCCGGCGGCCCUCGCUAUGGCCAUCCUCAACUCCGCUAAAUCCAGACGCAGAACAAGAAGCAACCUUCAGGUGCCUUUGGUCAUCAUCAGCCAGCCAGGACCAAUCACGAGCCAGAGCAGCCCCACCCUCCCGGUGCUUCCGGAGAAACCUCAUCAAACCACAUCUUACGACUCCGAGGAUUCUCCAACUGUGGUGGUGUUAGAAGUCAACCAGGGUUCCACAGAUCCUGAUGAGUUACCCGGGGAAGUAACAUCGCUUCCUUUGGAUAAAAAUCAGCCAAUCAGUGAGCCCACAAGUCUACCAGUGACAACGGUAGAAAAUAUGCCAUCACCUGAAGUGGACCAGUCUGUUGUAGUUGUUGAAACAGAAAUCAAGAUGGAAACCAUUGAAGCGACGUUGGACAGUCAACCCGGUGAGACAGGUCUGGAAGAGGAGAGGCAGAAGGAGCUGGAGAGAAAGAGGAGGAGGGAGCUAUACAAGGAGAAGAGGUUCUUCUGUGAGCUCUGUAACAAAGGCUUCCAUCAGAAACACCAGCUGAGGAAACAUGUGUCGUGCCACCUCAAACCUUUUCCCUGUAGCUCCUGUGACAAAGGCUUCUGCAAGGCCAAGAGUCUGCAGAAGCACCUGCAGAGCCACGAGUUGCGGGAGGCUCAGCAGAAGGACCCGGACAAGCUACUUCACUGCGACCAGUGCGACAGGAAGUUCAGGCUGCUGCGGCAGCUCCGAGUCCACCAGGCUUCUCACCGGCUGAAGAAGACCCCGUUGCAGUGCCAUGUCUGCGAGCGCACCUUCACCUCGGCCGGUGCGCUCCGCUACCACGAGGUGUCACACGCCCAGGUGAAGCCCUUCAUGUGUGACGUCUGCGGGAAAAGCUUCACCAGGAAGAAGAGCCUCCGCGAGCACCAGACUGUCCACACCGGGGCGCGGCCCUACGCCUGCCCCGCCUGCGGGAAGAGCUUCUCCACCGCCAGCAACUUGCGGGUCCACAAGAGGUCCCACUCCGAGGAGCGGCCCUAUAAGUGCUGCGAGUGCGACAAGGCCUUUAAAUGUAAGAUGGGGCUGCUGCAGCACCGAGUGGUCCACUCCGGGGAGAAACCCUUCAUGUGUCAGACUUGUGGACUCAGCUUUGGUCUCAAGUACAACUUCCAGAGACACCUGCGCCUCCACAACGGAGAGAAGCCCUUCAGGUGUGAUAAAUGUGGAGAGGGCUUCACGGGUACCUGGGCUCUGAAGACACACAUGCUGGUUCACGGCAUGGAGAAACCCUUCAUGUGUGACCUCUGUGGAAAGACCUUUUUCUACAACUGCCAGUUGCAGAAGCACCAACAACUUGUCCACGACAACAAAGACCAGCAUAAGGUCGGAAGUUUGUCGGGUAGACCCAGACCCACCCGAGCUAAGCCCUACAGCUGUAAGAGCUGUCUGAAGAGUUUCAGCAGCAACACCACCCUGAGGACACACGAGAAGAGCCACGCCCAGAACAAGGACUUCACCUGCGACACCUGCGGUAAGUCCUUCCACCUGCGCCACCUGUACCUGUACCACAUGAGGCAGCACAGCGGCGACCGGCCCCACGUCUGCAGCAUCUGCCAGAAGGGCUUUCUGCUGAUGUCACAGCUGAAGCAGCACGAGCUUCUGCACAGCGGAGUCAAGCCUCACAAGUGUGAAGAGUGCAGCAAAGAGUUCAGGACGCCGCAGAACUACCAUCGCCACCUGCUGAUCCACACCGGAGAAAAACCCUACGAGUGCGUGGUGUGCAACAGGAAGUUCAGGCAGUCCAACCAGCUCAAGUCUCACAUGCAGAUCCACACCGGGGUCAAGCUGUACACCUGCGAGCACUGCGGCCAGGGCUUCUCUGACUCAAGGCAGCUGAAGAAACAUCAAUGUGUAGACGAAUUCCAGAGCUGUGAGUCGGCCAGCAAAUGCAGAAAGCAGAAGAACGGCUUUCCCUGGGCGGAAGGCUUCAUGCAGCAGUAGGCCCCGAAGGGGGAGUGGUUGAGACUGCGCUAUCCUAGCUUAGCAUAGAGAUUGAUAAGAGCAAGCCUAGUUUAGCAUAGAGACCAGAAACUGCUAGCCUGGCUCUGUUCAAAUAUACAGGUGAUGAACACAUCAAUCAAACAAACGGAUCUAUUUCCUGUCAACGACCGUGUAUCCAUCCGCCCAGUUCUUGAGUCAGAAAUGGGAUAAAGAUCCAUCCUCACACAUCAUUUGUCAACACACAAUAAUCCCAGAAUGUUUUGCUAUUGCUUUAAAAGUUUUAUGUAUUUUUAAUGUGUAAAAACAAAUAUGUCAAACAGAUUAAAAUACAUAAUUAGACGUUUCUUAUAUGAGUUCUGUUUAAUGGAAGGCCAAACCCUUGUUCUGUGUUGGAAUAUGUUAAAUUCACUCAGUUUUCUGUUGAAUUAAAGGGCCAGUUUACUUCCUC